UACGUCUUCAUCAAUCAAUUUUCCUUGUGCACGGCGCUAUAGAUUGUGGACUCAAUUGCAGUCAGCACCGCAUCAUAUCAUCAUUACAGGAGCAAUAUCUAUUUCUAUUACCUUUGAUUUUUAAACAAUGUUCGCGCGACAAGCUUUCCGCAGCGUUCAGCCGCUGAAGAACAGCGUCCGUCACUACGCGACAGAGCCCAGCAAGGGCGGUUCUAGCAUUCCCAUCUACGCCGGUGUUGCCGCUGCUGCCGCUCUUGGUGGUUACUACUACAUCAGCAAGCAGCCCUCCGCCAACGACGCUCCCAAGCCCAGCCAAGAACAGAAAGUCGUUCCCAAGGAUGCUGGCGCACGUCAGAGCCUCACCUUCAAGGGUGGUGACCAGGGCUGGAUCAGCCUGAAGCUCGAUAACGUGGAGGAAAUCAACCACAACACCAAGCGUUUCCGCUUCGAGCUUGCUGACAAGGACGACGUCUCUGGACUGAACAUUGCCUCUGCUUUGCUCACAAAGUACAAGGGACCUGAGAUGGAGAAGGCUGUCAUUCGGCCGUACACUCCCGUCAGCGACGAGGACACACAAGGAUACAUUGACCUUGUGGUUAAGAAAUACCCCAAUGGCCCCAUGUCCGAGCACCUGCACAGCAUGAACCCCGGCCAGCGGCUGGACUUUAAGGGUCCCAUCCCCAAGUACCCCUGGGAGGCUAACAAGCACAACCACAUUGCCCUUCUCGCUGGUGGAACCGGUAUCACGCCCAUGUUCCAGCUGACGCGGGCUAUCUUCAAGAACCCCGACGACAAGACCAAGGUCACCCUCGUUUUCGGUAACAUCAGCGAGCAGGACAUUCUAUUGAAGAAGGAGUUUGAGGAGCUCGAGAACACUUACCCCAACCGAUUCCGUGCCUUCUACGUCCUUGACAACCCCCCUGAGGGCUGGACUCAGGGCAAGGGCUACAUCACCAAGGAGCUGUUGAAGACCGUCCUUCCCGAGCCCAAGUCUGAGAACAUCAAGGUGUUCGUUUGCGGACCCCCUGGCCUGUACAAGGCCAUUAGCGGUACCAAGAAGAGCCCCGCCGACCAAGGCGAACUUGACGGCUACCUUAAGGAGCUCGGAUACAGCAAGGACCAGGUUUACAAGUUUUAGAGGAUAUGAAUAGACCUCUCUUUUCUUUUUUUUUUGAAAUACUACUAUUAUAUUAUGUAUUUUACGUCUCUUUGUCUCUCAGCGCUUUAACGCAUAAGAGGAUCAGUUUUUCCAGGCAUUUCAACACACGCAAGAUUAGAGAUGAGAUAAAAUAUAAACCGUCUCUUCCAGC